AUGCUAGUACACACAGUAGGACGCUGUAAAUGKUGUCAAAUCUAUAGAAAGAAAAGAUAUAAGUAGGACCAGAAGGAUUGAUGAGCAAUUUUUAUCGGUUAUUAGAAUCAAUCAACAAGAAAUAAAGAAAGAAAAUUGGAAAAAAUGGAAAAUGUUGAGAGUGGACCCACAUGACGUAUGAAAAUAGCCUGGGUCCGAGUUUCUUCAAAUURAGAACAAAAUGGCGUCCGACAAGGAGGCUGAAARUCUUCGUAARCAAAUUGAUGUUUUAUCGAGUUUAAUUCAUACUCACAAACGGUUGAAAGAGAAAGAACAUACCACAAARAACAACAACUGGAAAAUUACAGACACCAAGAGCAACAUAAGCUCUGCGUCAACGAAUCUAUCUASUUCUAGUUUUGCAAAAUCGUCAUCCAGUUUCCUAUUGGAUAAAAGACAAAAUCAUGUUCCUGGCUCCUCGAACUUAAUUUCUUCACCAAGGAAAAGAUCUCUUUCUAAAGACAAUAAUCCUAUUAAAGUUCCUUCAAAAGAAUCACAUAGUCUUAGAAAUAACAAAUUAGGAACUUAURCUGCUUCAGAUAAAAAUACAAACGUUACUGGUGGAAAARYAAUUKUCKCUGGUAGAGCAGUUAAUACAACUCAAACAAAAAACAUGAAAUCGUCUGCAGAAGCAGCAUUGCUAUCAGCAAGAUUAUCAUCAUUGUCAUCUUCUAUUGCUUCAACAAAGUCAAAGAUACAAUCUAGUAAAUAUAGUGCUAAAUCAGCAUCGUYGCGGCCCUUGUCAUCUUACAGUGCUGCAGGUCAUUCAUCAAGCUCAACAAAUAAACAAGCAAAUGUAGGCUUAUCUACAUCAAACCAAACAGGAUCAAAUACUAACAGCAGKCAACUAUUAUAUUCAAAAUUGUCUCUCAACAACCAAAAACACUUAARAUCAUCAAAACCAGAGUCUGCCUCCUCAGGCGCCUCAACUGGACCUGUAAAACUGAACACUCAAAUCACUUCCAUUGCAUCUCCAUCAACAAUAACUUUAAAAUGGACUAAAGAAGAGCCAACAAAGAAAAACCCUUCAAAAGUCUUGCAACKUAAGAGCACCAAGAGCUCAUCUUCAAAAUCAUCAUCAUUCUCUUGGAGAAAAACAGAUUCUGCACAAUUAAAAUCACCAGACACUAAGAUAAUUCCUGCUGCAAAAUCCACUUUAAAGUGGAGUAAAGAGGUAUCUUCUAAGGAUAAAAAUACAGCUGUGAUUGUCAAUUCUGCAGCCAAUCACAGCAGACAUGUUUGGAGAUCAAAAGCAAGUGUGAAAAUUGACCGACGAAAGAGGAAUUCAGUUGGUUCAUCGGGUGGAUUCAUAAAACGAAGGCAGAAAGUUGUUCAAAAAAUGAAGUCAAGCAAGAAUACUUCCUCAAGUAGAUAUCACUAUGUCAAGUCUAACAAACAGAAAUUUAUUGGCUCAAAGACAAUCAAUAAAGUGAAGAGGAUAGAUGGAAUUCCUUACAAAACAUCACCUAACAAACUAGAGAAACAAGCUCAAACUGCUGAUACUCCACUAAAGAAAUCAAAACAAAAAUCUUCUAAACUAUUAAACAUAAGCGGUAAUAAGUACUUGGUGAAUGCUUCAAGRAAAACCCUCAAGAGAGUCCAUCCAUCAUUAAACCAGCCUGGCACAUCCAAUAAUACAGAAACAAUACCUUCAAAGAAAAGGCUGUCACUGAACAAGGCUGUUGGUGCACUUCCAGGAAGCCUUGUAAGGUCAAGUCCUGGCGGAAAAGCAAUUACAAGUCAGUUGCGUCGUCGCAGUGUUCAAAAUGCCCGUCUUUACAAGUACAAGAAGAAAGCCAAAUCUAAUCAGUACUGCAUGUUCUACAAUCGAUUUGGUAAAUGUAAUAAAGGCAAGGAAUGCCCUUACAUUCAUGACCSUUCAAAAAUAGCUGUUUGUACAAAGUUCCUGAAAGGUAAAUGCGAUAAAACAGAUGGUUCUUGUCCCUUCUCUCACAGAAUUGACAAAGACAAGAUGCCAGUUUGUCAGUUUUUCCUUAAAGACGUCUGCAYAAAAGAAGACUGUCCAUACUCACAUGUCAAUGUUAGUAGCAAUGCGGAGGUGUGCGAAGACUUUGUCAAGGGCUAUUGUCCAUUGGGCCAAAGGUGCAAGAAGAAACACAUAGUGAACUGUGAGGAAUUCCUGCUCACUGGAAAAUGUUCAAAGGGGAAGAAAUGCAAUUUAAUGCACCGAGUGAUAAAACCAAAGACAAGAAAAAGAAAGUCCUUGACUAAAGAUGAUGAAACAACAACAGUUAAACAACCAAAGAUUGUCAUGACAGAGGAAGAGGGAUUUCUGCCUCUAUUAAAUGAAUCAACAGAAAUAGAAAGCACCAAAAGAAAACAGGAUGUCGUGGCUGCAGACAAAGUGAGAUCAAUAUCGAUCAAGCCAAGGUUCCUGAUUAACAAGGACAACCAACAAGACCAAGGAUAAGUAUAAUGGGUGAAAAUGAACAGGAAUUGGAUAGAAAGUUUAUGUUUAAUGUUUAAGUUUUAUUUAUUUUCCAGGAGGCUUUGCUGUAAUUAAAUAUCAWAUUCAAAAAAUUGAGCAAAAGCUCAAAAAGAACAAAAAGCAAAUAUAUUUUUAAAAAAUAGUAAAAGAUUAAAGAAAAAAAGAAAAAAUGGAAAUAAAUGAAAAA